CUCCACACAGACACUCUUCAUCUUCUUCUUCUUCUUCGUUCAUUAUUUUCUAUAUUCAUCAAGAGUUUAAUUUCUUAUUACUCUUUUCCAUUUUCAUGGCAUCAAAUCAGGCUUCCCUCAAUCACACCAACAAACAAGUCUUUCAUAGCAACAACAACAAUGACCUUGAGCAACAAGCAACAACAACAACACCACUUGAGAUCAUUGAAACCAAGAAGGAGGAAGAAGAAGAAGAAGAUUUCUUUGACUACUCAAGAAGAUCUCAAUGGCUACGUGCUGCGGUUCUUGGAGCCAAUGAUGGGUUGGUCUCAACAGCAUCACUAAUGAUGGGUGUUGGAGCAGUGAAACAAGACAUCAAAGCCAUGAUCCUCACCGGUUUUGCAGGCUUAGUUGCCGGCGCUUGCAGCAUGGCCAUAGGUGAGUUUGUGUCUGUCUACUCGCAACUCGACGUUGAACUCGCUCAAAUGAAGAGGGACAAAGAAAGAGGAAACAAUAACAACAACAAUUCUGACGAAGAAGAAGAAGAAGAAAGAUUGCCAAACCCUUUACAAGCAGCAGCAGCAUCAGCUUUGGCAUUUUCUAUUGGUGCAAUGGUGCCAUUGCUUUCUGCUUCUUUCAUAAGAGAAUAUAAGGUGAGGCUUGGUGUGGUUGUGGCUGCUGUAACCUUUGCUUUGGUUCUGUUUGGUUGGUUAGGUGCUGUUCUUGGUAAGGUUCCUGUUUUUAGGUCUUCUUUAAGGGUUCUUCUUGGUGGUUGGAUGGCCAUGGCUAUUACUUUUGCUCUUACCAAGUUGAUAGGAUCAAGUGCUCUUUAAUUAUUACUUUGUCAUAUUAUGUUAAUUAUUCUAUAAACACCCUUUGUUAUUUACUACCUAUUUGAUAUAUAUGUUAUUUUGAAA